CCUCGCCGUUAACAAUAUAGUAAUUUGCGCUGGUUAUCCGGCACUGGGACAGUGUGCUCGCUGGGAGGAGAGUGUGUGAACGUACCUCGUCGUUGUGCCGUCUGGGGCUGUGUUGCGCAUCUCCUCAUCUCCAUAUCACACACACACACACAUUACGCUAUUGACAUCAUCUUUUUGUUUGUUUAUUUUUCAGCUUCUCGUUUCCUUGUUUUUGCCUUUAUGCUCAUCAUUACGUGAUCUUAUCACAUGCGGCUGUGGAGAGUGAAGCAGACAGCGGUGAUAUCGGCCGCUCUUGUUGGUGCUCAUUGGAGAGGAGAGGUGAUGUCAGAGAGCAGGGUGAGACCCUGAUUGGCGCGAGGGGUGUCAGUAAAGGGUGUGUGGGUGCGCUCGCGCGUGUGUGUGUGUGCGAGUGUGUGUGUGGGAAAGACAAAGCGGCAGGAGCGCGGCUGAACUUCAGAUCUGGUACCCCUCAGCUGAAGUGCGCCAGACAGUACGGAGGAGGGGGCCGCCUGAACUUAAUGACAGUUCGCCAAGUCUGCUUCGCGAGACACAUAGCUGUCAGAGAGCGAGAAUAGGCCACGGGGAGACCCAUAGCCGCUAAGAGCUCCGUGGGCGUCGUGUUGCCUCUGCUGCCAGCUUUGGCAGUCCGGGCAGAGUUAUCAUUUUGUCUUAUUGAGAAAUCGCAUUCUUUUUUUUUCUUUCCGAAAUAUCUUACCAACAAUUUCUCAACCGCGUUGCGAGAGUCGGCUACCAAGCUUUAGGUCAGUGGCGUUGUCCAAUAAUUAUGUGUUUCGUAAGCGCUGUCUGUCUUAUUCCGAGGAGUGAGUGAGAAUGAACUUCCCAUGCGAACCCUCUACUCGCGUGCUGCUCUUGCCACUUUUCUUUCGCAGCCCUCUGAUCUGAUUUCAGUGGUCGUCGUUUGCAAACGUCAAACCACAAACAAGGACUUUGGAAGAAUCGUGUUGGUGUGUCUUUCUGCCUGAGACCCCGGUGGUGCUGUGUGCUCUCUUCGCGAGCAGGUGGCCCGUCCGACGGCGGCCAGUCUUCACCCCUACGGAGGCGCGUGGACAUGCUACCCAAAGCGGAGACAGAAGCUCUGGGACUCGCGAGAUCGCAUGGGGAACGGGGCCGCAUGCCUGGAAAUAUGCAAGCCCCCCACUUUAAGAUGAUGGACUACUCAUAUGACGAGGACCUGGAUGAGAUGUGUCCCGUGUGCGGUGACAAGGUGUCCGGCUACCAUUACGGCCUCCUCACCUGCGAGAGCUGCAAGGGUUUCUUCAAGCGGACUGUGCAGAACAAUAAGCGCUACACUUGUAUCGAGAACCAGAGCUGUGCGAUCGACAAGACGCAGCGCAAGAGGUGCCCCUACUGCCGCUUCCAGAAGUGUCUCACCGUGGGCAUGAAGCUCGAAGCGGUGCGUGCGGACCGCAUGCGCGGCGGCCGUAACAAGUUCGGCCCGAUGUAUAAGCGCGACCGCGCCCUCAAGCAGCAGAAGAAGGCUCUGAUCCGGGCCAACGGACUGAAGAUCGAGGCCAUGACACAGGUGAUGCAGACGGUACCGACGGACCUGACCCUGUCCUCGGCCAUCCAGAACCUGCACUCGGCAGCCGUGUCCAAGGGCCUGCCCCUGUCGCACCACCACGCGGCGCUGCCCCCCUCCGACUACGACCGCAGCCCCUUCGUCACCUCCCCCGUCAGCAUGGCCAUGCCCCCCCACGCCGGCUCCCUGCAGGGACACUACGCACACUCGCACUCGCACUCGCACUCGCAUUCGCAUUCGCACUCGCACACGCACUCGCACGCCGCUGCCGCAGCAGCAGCCGCGGCGGCGGGCUACGGACACUUCCAGAGCCGCACCAUCAAGUCCGAGUACCCGGACCCCGUCUACACCAGCUCCCCGGAGUCGGUCAUGGGCUACGGCUACAUGGACGGGCACGGCACGCCGUACGGAGGGGGCUCCCCGCCCUCCUUCCCCCACCUCAUCGUGGAGCUGCUCAAGUGCGAGCCGGACGAGCCGCAGGUGCAGGCCAAGAUCCUAGCCUACCUGCAGACGGAGCAGGCCAGCCGCGGCAAGCACGACAAGCUCAACACCUUCGGCCUGAUGUGCAAGAUGGCCGACCAGACGCUCUUCAGCAUCGUGGAGUGGGCGCGCAGCAGCCUUUUCUUCAGGGAGCUCAAGGUGGAUGACCAGAUGAAGCUGCUCCAGAACUGUUGGAGUGAGCUUCUGAUCCUGGACCACAUCUUCAGGCAGGUGAUGCACGCAAAGGACAGCUCCAUACUGCUGGUCACUGGACAACAGGUGGACUAUGCAGUAAUUGGCUCCCAGGCGGGGGCCACCCUCAGCAACCUGAUGAGCCACGCUCAGGAGCUGGUGGCCAAGCUGCGUGCCCUGCAGCUCGACCAGAGGGAGUUCGUAUGCCUCAAGUUCCUCGUCCUCUUCAGCCUGGACGUGAAGAACCUGGAGAACUUCCACCUGGUGGAGAGCGUGACGGAGCAGGUGAACGCGGCACUGCUGGACUACGUGAUGUGCAACUACCCGCAGCAGACGGACAAGUUCGGCCAGCUGCUGCUGCGCCUGCCGGAGAUCCGCGCCAUCAGCCUGCAGGCCGAGGAGUACCUGUACUACAAGCACCUGAACGGGGACGUGCCCUGCAACAACCUGCUCAUCGAGAUGCUGCACGCCAAGCGCGCCUGAGACCCGGGCGCACGCAACACGGGCACGGGCAGGCAGACGGACGGACGGACGGACAAAAUAGACCGAUGGAUGGAAGAUAGAGAGAAAGAGAGACUGCUGAUGAACUGACUACAGAGAGACUGAUGAACGAUUGAGCGUGAAAGAGAGAGAUGCCCGAGACAUACAGUACAGUGCACAGUGGGGGUAGACAGGUGGAUGGACCGACAGACACAGACAGGUGGACAGAUCUGUGAGACAGAGAGAGAGACUGAUGAAGUUGAGAGUGAGAAUAAGAGAGAGUCAGUCUGACCCCACACCUGAGGCCACUGAGAACAUAAAGUAACUAUCGUCAUGCCAACGUCACGUCAACGUCAACGUCAUUGUCAUCGUUGCUUCCAGUGUGUCACUUCCAGAGAGAAGGUCAAAGCAGAAUUGACUGUGCGGGAAGAGCAGGGCUGGCCAUUGUGUGUGUGUGUGUGUGUACGUGUGUGCGUGUUUUUGUGAGUGUACAUGUGUGUGUGUGUACAUGUGUGUCUGUCCUUGCUGUAAAUGGCAUAGUGACUCCCAUCAUAGGCAACAGGCACACACACUCAGACGCAUACACACAGAAGCCCUCUGAUAGCUCAGCCUCAGCUCAGUGCGUGCAUGUGUGUGUGUUUGUGUGUGUGUGUGUGUGAGCCAUCAACUGUUUUUUGUGAGACACACUGACACAAGAGCAUCCUCAAAAGGAUAGGUUGGAAACAAAACGUGGACGCAGAAACACAGGUGCACGUCGAGACAUUUCAAACUGUUGAGACAUUCAAAAAGAAUCAUUCUCAUUCAGUUUACAGAUGUGACACAUUAACAUAGUGGCAGACGGGCGAAAAGAACAGAAUUCAUGAAGGGAAAAAAAAGAAAAGACCCGACCUCCACAAAGAAAAGAAAAGACGUUAACAGAAAAGCUUCAACGUAGACAAAACAUCUGCCAGUAACACAGCUUGAGACUCGGCGUGAGGAAUAGGAAGACACACGAGAGGAAGAGAUGCAUGGAGAGAGAGAGAGAGGCAGACACAGAGAAAGAGAGAGAGACAUAGAGAGACACAGAGAGAGACAGAGACAGAUGCAUCUCUCCGUCCAUCUCCGAGGGGCUGUGUGUUUUGGGGCAACAUCAGGCAGCUCUGCCUCAAGAGUUGGAACUCUGUAUGUAUUGGUUGUUGCUGACUUUUUAAAAAAGAGAAAAGAAAAGAAACAAAGCCUCCUCCAGUCUGUCCUGUCUGUUCUUGGGGCAUUUGGACUAAUAACACAAACUGUAAGAGAGAACAGAGGAGAGAGGAGAACGGAAGAGACGAUAGAAGAAGAGGCAAUGACAGGUGUUUGUGUCGUCCGUCCUCACCUCUGGGACUGUCAGUGGUAAACCCCCUCGGCCAUUUAAAUUUAAAAAGGACAAAACAGGUCUGAGCAACAAAGAGAAACAUGAAACAUGUACAUAGUAUUGCAAUGUAGACGCUACAAACACACAAGGAACAAAAUGGCGUCUCUUUUUUAAGUAGUCAUUGUGAUGGGUCUCUUCAGCCACAUUUAGUGUCAUACUCCUGUUUAAGUGCUAACUCCCCCCAUGCAGUGACAUUUUGAUGAAAAAAAUAAGAACAAACCUAUCAUGUUGUGUAGAGGGUUUGUGCAGGACCUGUCAGUGUGUGUGUGUGUGUGUGUACAGUCUGUAUAUCCUCAUCAGUUCUGCCGUGCUGACUCCCAGGCAGUGGUCCACUCCACAUGUGUCUCUCUGUUACCUGUACGCCAGCUGUGUACAGCGUGGAGAGGGCCAGAGCAGGGUUGCCAGAUGAGGCUGAUGAUUUCCAGCCCAAAACAUGUUCAAAACUCGCCUAGAAGCACAAAAUCCCGCCCAAUUCUAUUGAUUUCUAUGGCAAAAAUUGGGCAGGUUUUUCUGCUAAAUACCAUUUUUACCCGCACACGGCCAUCCUAAGCAGCCCAAUUGGGUGGGAAACAGCCCAAUCUGGCAACACUGGGCCAGAGGGUACUGUGGUACUCCCUCCUCCAUCUCCAUCCUGAUCCCAAGACCAAACGCUUCCUGCAGAACAACCAAGAACAACUCAAACACCCCCAAACAACACAUACGUUACCGUCACCAACCAUCACCUCUUCCACAGGACGAACACCACACAAAAAACAACCACCACAGGAAAAAUAACCACCACCCCAACCUGCCCCACAGAGCCCCCUGUCCUUCUGAAUCAGCAUUAUAGUUUUUGUGGUGCCACAGUCAUGUGAGUCUUGCCUUAUCUCAUCGCCAUGCUAGCUAAACAAUGCGACCUGAGAUACCUAUGUACAA